AUGGAAGAGGAAUUAGGCAGACUUCAUAGGAAGUAUAGGAGUAAUCCAUCUCGGGCUGGUACCUUAGUGAGGUGUGUGAUGGGGACUCUAGCUGAAAGAGGGAUUGAGACUGAAGAAGACUGGAAAGAAUAUGUGGCCACUAUGGAGCGUGAUGGAGAGAUAAUAGCUGCUUCUAUCAAGGAAUACGUUGCGAGCCUUUUGAAGAAUGGCGAAGAAAACAAGGCCCCUGGUAUGUCUUUUGGUAUAGAUCCUGUUGAUUAUGACCAUGCAAGACGAUAUAACGAAUCGUUACAGGGGAACCGCUGUCCGACUGGAGCGACAUAUGUGGACAAUUGGAGCUUGCCCUCGAGCGUGACGGUGGCAAUGAGAGAGGACACAGGUAUGGAUGUUAAUACGCAUCUUGUUAACUACCUCAGGGCCAUGACGUGCGCCGACCCAGAUAUUUUAGCAGAUGACCACCUUGGGGGACGCGCAAAGAAUGUGUUUAUGUCCCUACCGCGCGUAAUCAGAGAGCAAGGGUUUGAGGCGGUGACCAGCGAAAUGGCAAAACUAUUGGCAUGUGAUUCAACGGCAAGUAGGAUGAGGGCCUUGACAGAGUUGAGGAACUUGAGGAUCCGGCCCGGUCAGGACGUUGCUGAAUUCUGUGUGGUGCUAGAGAAGUUAGGGAGACAGGCAAACCCUGAGAGCUCGUUGGAGGACCGAUCCAUGGAGUACGCCCAGAUACUCCUGGAUAAUCUGAGCAGCUGGCCCGAGCAUUUCCAGUUGGUGGGUGCUCUGCACAAAGUGGAACCGCGAAGAGCGUACGAUGAGUUGAAAAGUCUGGCUCUGAGCAUCGAGCAGUCAAAGUUGAUUCUGGCUGCACAGAGGAAGGAUCCCCUGCCGGCGUGGAGAACAAGGUCUGCUCAGUAUCUGGGAAAUAGGGAUGCAAGAGUGGCCAACGCGGGGACAGCGACGGAGGAAAGGAACAUAAGUAGGGAGGUUCGUCAAAAAGGGCUGUCUGGUGAUACAAGCAGAACAGGUGGGACAACUCGACGAGAGUUGCAGGAACCCAUGAGCCGAUCACUCACGGAGAGUAGGAAAUGCUAUAGGUGCUCCAAAUACGGGCAUGUGGCAAGAGAUUGUCCACUGCGUGCGGCUAGGGUGAAUACUAUUGAGCCCAAGGAUAUGGCACCCUCCCAGAAGGAUGAGACGCUUGCGUCUAUCGUCAGUCGUGCCAGAUGCAUGGGGUUGGCAGUGAAAGCAUCGUCAGCAAAUGAUUUGAUUGGAAAUCGGGUUACGGUGCCCCUUAACAUACUGGGUGAGAAGUGUCAGGCAUUGAUCGACACGGGAUCAAUGAUAAGCAUUGUCCCAGUGAAAAUAUUGGCGGAAAUUCAAGACAAAGGUUUUGACCUGGAUUCCUUGGUAAUGGUGCCUAGGACCAAGCUCAAGCCAGUCUUUGAUGCAUCAGACAAUAGGAUGGAUUUUCUUGCGGGUGUUUAUAUACAAGUCAAGUUGGAGCAAGGAACGACUCAGGAGGUGGCGUUCCAUAUUAGUCCAAAGAAAGAAAGUGAUAUAAUACUGGGGACCAAUGCGCUGCCUCGAUUAGGAAUAAGCAUUUCCAUUGAAAAAGAGAGAGAUAGCUUACGCAAAUGA